GUAGGAGAUUCCUUUACACAGUUUCGAUUUGCUGAAGAGAAAGACUGGGAUACAGAAAACGUAUACUGUAAGCAGUUAUCUGCACUUUCUGUUGACUGCCAGUCCUUGGCCCAGGCCCUGCAGGAAUUGCCUCUACAUCUGAGGUUGAAUGUAGCUGCUGAACUUGUACAGGCAUCUACACCCAUAGAGCUACCACAGAUGAAAUCUAAAGUUGUUGAAGACAACAAGAGGAGAGAGCUGUUUCGAAAGUCUUUGUCUCAAAGGGAAACGGCGUUGGUCUCCCAAUCUGUUGGUGAUUCUGCUGCUUCAUUGGAGCCUGGAACUAAAAGUGAUCCUGUGACAAGUGCAGCAGAACCAUUUCAGAGAGCCCAUCUGCUAGCAAAGCAAGAGACUGACCAUUUGGAUGAAGAACUGGAUCGUCUCCUAAAUCUGGAUGCUCCCAUUCAUUCUGUGUCAGGUGCAUUAUCCUACAAUACAUCAACAGAGAAAGAUCUGAAAAUGGAAAGUAAAGAAAAUGAUCCUUCAACAGUAGAUGUGCCAGAAGAGAAAAGUACAGCACCACGGCAAGAGCAGAAAACAUCCAAAGUUGUUACCGAGGAAGAGCUUGAAGAUUGGCUGGACAGCAUGAUUUCCUGAAACCAAUUUUCCGUAUGUGAAUAAAUGAAUAUAGCUAAAGUCAAGUAGAAAGUGGAACCCUCCUUUAGCUGUUCUUUAUUUCAUUUAUUUGUUUCACUUGCCUGGUUUUAUUUGCAGGCACCUGAAAUUCUGUGCCACCAAAAUUUGAUUAGGUAUGAUUGAUUAAGUAGCGUCUAAGACUGUGUAACAUUCUUAGAGAGGCCUAAAAUUUGUGAUUAAGUUAAGUUGGGAUUUUUUUUUUUUUUUGCUUAAAAUGAAGGCUGCAGCAAACUGCCAGAGUCAUCAUUCCAACUUGUACUUGCUACAUGCGGUCCUUAAAAUAAAGCGAUGAAUGCACAACAAAUACAUGUCUUUAAUCAGCUUCCGCAUGCCACAUUUCUGUAUUGCUGAAAAAUCAGAAAGAAAUUACAAAGGUAGUAUUUAAUUUAUAAUAUUUUAUUGCGUGGGCACUUUCUACAAGAAGAAAAAUAAAUGCAUAAACCUUGCAGCUUCUAUUUGCAGGUGACAGUAGAGCAUUGUUUUAUUUUGGCCUGUGAUUUAAACUGUAUUCAUUUUGAUACAGGGUGUGUCUUGUAAUUAACAGCAGCAUCUAAUAAGCUGUUAUUGAAGGUUGUAUACAAACUUUGAGUGCAGUUUCAUACAGAAAGACAGAUAAGCAAUACAGUCAAUGGAUCUGUUCACCUAGAACACUAACAAAUAAAAAGUUUGCAUAGCUAUG